UCUUAGGGAGGAGAAAAUCUGUGCCAUCUGCGCAGUGCGCAUGCGUCAGACUUAAAAUUUCACAGUCAGCUGUAGCAGCCACUGCAAAAUACGGACCAUCGUUACCUCGAUUAGCCCUUGACCAACUCGAUGAUCAAUUUUCGGAGAGUCUUAUUAGCAACAGCAAACCAAAAAAAUGUUGUCCCUGCGGCCACAGCACUCUGCCGCUCCUUCUCCUCGAAAGGGAAGGAUCCGAAAACAACAACAGUCACAGUAACCGUCCCCAGAGGCACCGAAAAGAACGAACCGUACGACGAACACACAAAUUGGGAACUGCUCGGGCGAAGAGGCUACAAAUUCAUUUUGCCUGGCAGCAUAGGCCUUUCACCUGCUGCCAGAAGAAAGCCCUCGCUCAACCCCAAAAAGAAUUCAAGGCCAAAGAAAAACAAAAAUUCCCAAGUGAUACUUCCAGAUACCAACCACUACCGCCAAGUCGAAAUUGUUACACAACUGGCUGUCUUAGCUGCUGAACUAAAUUCCAUGCAGCCUAGAGAGUUAAAAUGCAAGGCUGUUGAUUGUCCUUUCCUAUUAAGAGAGCAGGUGAUAGAUCUUUUUCCUAGAGAUGGUUUGGGUUACGGACCUUUGACUGCAGUAUGCGUAGCUCUUCGUUCACCGGAAAGUGAGGAAACUAAGAAAGACUGGGAGAAGGUGUUUGAAAAGUUUGAAGAAACCGCGCGCAGAGUGUGCGGAAAAUUGAAACAGGCUGGCUUCUGGGCGGGUUUUCCGUCUGAGAUUGAAUUUGACAUGUCAAAGCUGUCGACUGACGUGUCCGCGCUCCAAAUUGAAGCAGCCAACAUGCUGAGAAGUCCGGCGCCAAGAGUAGUGCACGUUUCUGGCUGUAUUAUUGUAAUGCAUCCCUCUGUCGGGAGCAGUAGAGUGUUAGGCUGGUUGUUCACAACUGCCUCGUUUGACGACCCUAAGCUUCAAAACAUAUUAGAGGAAGAAAAUAAUUAAUUAAUUGUAAACUAUGUCAAAUGCACGGCUUUGUUGCUUUUUCAACCUUAAGAGUUAAGACCAACCUGUUGUUAAUAAAGAAUUAUUUUGAAACGUC